AUGGCCGCGAUGACUGCGACGGUCCAUUUGUUGCCGCGCACCACAUCUGAAUGGAUUGCGCUGGUGCAAAGGGCGCUUCCACUGCGACUGGAUGAAUUGCGCAUGCCUAACCAUUUUCUUUUGAAGGACAUCCACACAGGGCGUUGCCGUUCACACCUGCAGCAUUCAAUGCCGCCGCACAGUAAACGCGAGAGCGCCGUUUUAAUUCUUCUCUCGCCCCCCGUUGGGUUUACGGGGAAGGGAUUUCAGGAGAUGUGCAUGACGCUCACAA